CCACAGUGGCCACCUGUGCUGUAGAAAUAGGUAGAUUUUGGGUCAGUCGUCGUUGUCCACUCCUGAAACAUGGUAAUAUUGCAUGUUGCCCCAGGGCGAACUCCCCCUGUUGGUAUCUGAGGUGAUAAAGUGAAAGGGGAAAGGAAGAGAAGGUGGAGAUGGAACUGCCAAAUCAUGCCAAACAACUGCUUCUGCAGCUGAAUCAGCAACGAGCCAAAGGUUUCCUCUGCGACGUGAUCAUUGUCGUCGAAAAUGCCCUCUUUCGCGCCCACAAGAACAUCCUCGCAGCAAGCAGCAUGUAUUUCAAAUCCCUCGUCCUGCACGACAACCUGAUAAACUUAGAUACGGACAUGGUCAACCCCACCGUGUUCCGUCAGAUCUUGGACUUUAUUUAUACUGGGAAGCUCUUAAUGACUGACCAGCCUGGUGAACAGAACUUUAAUGCUCUCCUCACCGCAGCAAGCUACCUCCAACUACAUGACCUAGCAGCCCUUUGCCGAAAGAAGCUGAAACGCAACGGGAGGUCUUUGUAGCACAACGGGUGGCCGGGCGGUGCCCCUCAGAUGUCGGAGAGACCUCCACGCAGCAGUCAGAGAGGGCUUCUCCCACUGCUUCAAGCAGUCAUAACUCGUUAUUCAGGGUCAACUGAGGGAAUGAAGGGCUCUCACUCGAAGGAGAUGCCAAAGGGAAAGAUCUCAGAUGAUGAGGUCUUCAUCAGCAGUUCCAACCAAGAAAACUCUCUUGCCCUGAAUAGGGGGAUCAGUAAGAACGGCGGAGAGGGGAGCAACAGCAGUGCUAACGGGAGCAGCGGAGAUCAGGAGCUUGGCCUGGACCUAUCCAAGAAAAGCCCCUCACUCCCUACAGCGCCAUCCCUUGAUGACAUGCAGCACAGCGACAGCCUGCGUGGUUCUCCCAGACCUGCCUCAGCCCCCGCAGCCAACAGUGCCUCAUUGUUUGACGAGUCCACCGCCGGAGCCCCGCCAAACCUACGGAGCAACUGCGUAACUCCAUGGGAAAUGUAGAUUUGAGCGGUGGAGACCGCCAGUCCCACUCUCGGGGAAGGCAACCAGCGGAAGAGCAUAGUCACUCCCGCAUCGCGCAAGAAGGAGUGGAUCCAAGAAGCGAAUAGCGCCCGACCCCAGCAGGAGCGAGGCUUGAGGGGCAAGAAGGGGACGGAAGAAAGUUGCGAGGAGCUUCCCUAGCGGCAUUUUAGUAGGGUCCAUUGUGUAGCUGAGAGUCGGCAGAGCGGAAGCCGUAGUCUGGGACUGAGCACCUAUGGGACAGAGCUACCAUUUCCAUGCAAAGGCGAAGUGGAGAAAAGCGGGCAAGGAGAACGUGUGGCGAGUGGGCAGAGUGAAAGCGAGAGUGGUGGGCACACCAGCGCCAACUUCGUCUACCGGCAGGAAGGCUACGAGCCAGUGGCCUUCGGGGACAACCUCUACGUCUGCAUCCCUUGUGGAAAGGGGUUCCCUAGCUCCGAACAGCUGAACGCCCACGUGGAAACGCACACAGAGGAAGAUCUCUACAUCAAAGAAGAAGGAUCGUACGACGACAAGGAGGAGGAAGCGGAGGAUCUGUCCAAUCCCAACCAGCCCUACACCUCAGAAUCCCGGCCCUUCAAGUGUUCCGUGUGCGAGAAGAGCUACAAGGAUCCAGAUCUCUCCGACAGCCGCACGAAGAGGGAGCUCAUUGUGUAAUGGCGGCCUUUCCCUUGCAAUAUCUGUGGCAAGAUGUUCACCCAGCGGGGCACCAUGACCCGACACAUGCGCAGCCACUUGGGCCUCAAACCCUUUGCUUGCGAGGAGUGCGGGAUGCGCUUUACCCGGCAGUACCGACUGACAGAGCAUAUGCGUGUCCACUCAGGGGAAAAGCCCUACGAAUGUCAACUGUGCGGCGGGAAGUUUACCCAACAGCGCAACCUUAUCAGCCACCUCCGGAUGCAUAGCUCUCCUACAUAAGCCAAAGACUCUGCAAUGAGUUCUGAGCCCACCCGCCAUGAACAUACCUUUCCCUAGACUUGCUGCUUUAAAACAAAAUUAUAUAUAUAUAUAUAUGUGGGCCAUUCCCUUCCCUGUUCAGUCAUGGGAGGCCUCAACCAAAACAGAGCUUUAUUUCUCCCCCACCCCCCCAAAAAAACAUAAAAUCAGUCCGCAUUGAAGCUGCUGCCUCUCCCCGCAUUUUAUACUUUCUUUGCCUGAUAGAUCACAUUGUAAUCAGAAAUGCCACUAUUCAGCUAGGCUGUGUGGGGAUAUAUAGUUUAACUGUGAGCCCUGUUGUGGGGGUGUGAGAGAGGGUGUCCUUCCAGGUUGAUACGAAUCGGAAGUGUGGAGAAAAGGCCGAUCUUUGACAGAAAGAACGGGCCUGGCCACUUCUCCUCCCUCAGUUUACUUCCUUAGCACUUUGGAAUUUGCUUUACAAACUCUGCCCAAGUAUUAUUAUUAUUUUUUCUCUCCUUGCGCCUAAGAGUCGCUUCCAGUCCUGAAAGCCCACCAUGUGCCAGAAACAUGGCAACUGUCCCAAUAGCCUCACGAGACCUUAGUUCCCCUUCCUGCUCUGACUAUUGAACGUGAAGUGUUUGUCCCUGAAAGUGAUCAGCAAGGGCGUUUCUUGUCAGCAGAACGCCACUUAAGUUUUUUCAAAGUACCCCUUUCAUGAUUCUUCUUAGAAAUUUGUCAUAAAGGAAGAUAGAAGCAAUGGCUGUCAGCUGACAUAGGUAGACGUUCUGGUGGGUGGAUGUGUUUUCCUUCUCUGUUGACCUGAGAGGGCAAAAAGAUCCCACCUUUGUGAGGGGGUGUUUUGUUCUGGAGGUGUUUUUGCAUGCCGUAAAAGGAACUCUUUCAAAUUUGGAAAGCAGCGACACGUUUUUCCUUUUUUUUUUUUUUUUUUUUUUUCUGUAGCAGAGUUCAGCUUUCAGCCUGGUUUGCUCUUCUCCAAAUCCGGAAAGUUUUGCAACUUUUCCAUUUUAACCUCUUCAGCCUUAUCCAUGACUGAAUGGGGGGCUGGGUGCCCCUGGGGAAUUUCUUUCAGUGAAUAGGGGUCAUCAUCUUUCCUUUUCCUAACCCUCUCCCCACUAGAUUGGUAUGAAUAUUCUUUGCGUAGAGGUACUUGUUUUUGUUAUGAGAAAAUAAGAAUUGUUGAUGUUUCUGUAAUUGUUGGAACUGGAAGGUGUGAGGUUACUCUCUGGAGCAGGGGGCGGAGUGGGUUUUGAUUUAGGCUGGAAUUGCUACAAGUUCCUUUAGGUACCUUUUAAAAAAAAUAUUUUAUUUGCGUGCGUGCGUGUGUGUGUGUGUCUAGCUUCUCCCUCACUAAAGAACGAGAUGGUCUAAAUAGACCGGUUACUUUUGCUACCUCUUGAAUCCAUGAGAACAAUAAGGUGGUUAGUAAAAUGUUAGGCAUGGUAUUUGUUUACCCCCACCCCCCUUUGAAAUGUAAGUAAGUGUAUAAAGUAGAAAUUAAAUUAAAAAUGAAGGGAUUUUUACCACCUCCGUCCUGCCGUCAGAAAGUCAGCUAAAAUAAUUGGCCAAAGAUGAUAGCUAGAUAGAUGGGGUGUUGUUGUUUUUUUAAAGCCAGAGGUCCAAGUGAAGAGCUGUAUAAAGGGUCACUGACACACACACCAAAAUUCUGAUUUUCUAUCCAGGUAGAAUGUCUCUCUCUCUCUCUCUCUCUCUCUCUCUCUCUCUCUCUCUCUCUCUCUCUCUCUCUCUCUCUUUCUCUCUCUCUUUUACAAAAAUAACGGGGCAAAACUUAAAGAGAAAAAGAGUAGUUGUGCUGUUUCCAACUUGGUUUUGUGAACCUGGGUGCUACCGGGUGGGGGUGCGUGGGGUCAGAACUCUUUUAUCCUUGGCUUUCCCAAAGGCAUCUGGCUUAGUAUGCCAUCACUGGAUAGAAUGAAAGAAUCCUCCUGUGUCAGGCAACGUUACUAGAAUCCAGAGUGCAAUAUGGGGUGGAAACCAAGCCAAAGUGUUUCAUAUCCUCCCUGUGGUUGCUUUAUGUGGGGAUAAUCUUAGAUUUUUUUUCUGCAGGAAACCUUGCCUGCAGGAA